AUGCUGUGGCGGCCAAUUCAACGUCGCCUUCCGCUUGCCCUAGCGCAUCGUGACCUUAUCCGAUGUCGGCCGUGGCUAUUAUCUUCUAGCCACACACGUCUACUAUUCAGUAGCUCCUCAAGGUCCUCCCAGUUUAACCGGUCUGACUUUACGAACCAACCAUUUACCGGAAGCUAUGAGACUGGACUCCCGACGUCUGGGCCCCUUGGCUCAACCCCAGCCUUUGGUGCUCCGCGGAUUACCCCGAAGGUGCUGAAGCAGUAUCUCGAUCAGUAUGUGGUGGGGCAGGAUCGCGCGAAGAAAGUAUUGAGUGUAGCGGUCUACAAUCAUUACCAGCGUGUACAGGAAAUAGCACGACGGGAGGAGGAAGCAGAGGAGCUUGCGGCAAAACGUCAGCGGAAGGAGGCGCUUGAGAGUCAUCCUUUGGAAGAUGAAUAUCCAGGCCAGCAACGGACAGUUGGUCUUCCAUCUUCGCCCAAAUCCCGCCAGGCAACCCCCUUGGGUCAAGACGUGCUCGUUGAUACAUCUCCACUUCCACUUGACAAGUCCAAUAUUCUAUUAUUAGGCCCUUCGGGUGUCGGUAAGACGCUGAUGGCUAAGACGUUGGCCCGUGUGCUGUCAGUGCCAUUCAGCAUCUCGGACUGCACCCCCUUCACACAAGCUGGCUAUAUCGGCGAAGAUGCCGAAACUUGCGUUCACCGACUACUCGCUGCUGCCAACUAUGAUGUGGAGCAGGCGGAACGCGGAAUAAUUGUACUUGACGAGGUUGAUAAAAUUGCCGCAGCAAAAAUUAGCCAUGGAAAGGACGUGGGUGGUGAGGGAGUCCAGCAAGCACUGCUGAAGAUCAUUGAAGGCACCACUAUACAAGUCCAGGCCAAACCGGAGAAGAACCCUCGCUCGAACAGUCCACCUAACUCAUACCCAUCUAAUAGCCCUCUGGGAAAUACCCCUUUCCAACCUCACAGUGGUAGCCCUCCCAAUAAGGGUGAGGUGUAUAAUGUGCGCACGGACAAUAUCCUCUUCAUCUUCUCCGGCGCCUUCGUUGGUCUUAACAAGCUGGUCAUGGACCGUAUUUCCCGAGGGUCCAUGGGAUUCGGACAGCCUGUUCGUUCACACGAUGGAUCCAGCCCCUCAGAUCCCUCUUCCGCAGAACCACUUCCCAUUAUCCCUGGCUCUGAAGAAGAAGCGCUAUACAAAAAGCACCUUCCUUUCUUCACCUCUGCAACCCCCGCACCGGGCAGCGAUCCUACCUAUUUUAACGCACUUGACCUCUUAACUCCAACAGAUCUCCAAUCAUAUGGCUUCAUCCCGGAGUUGAUUGGCCGAAUUCCCGUCACCGCUGCUCUAUCCACACUAACUCAGCCCUUGCUUCUUCGUAUCCUCACCGAACCCCGCAACUCCCUCCUAGUCCAAUACACCACGCUCUUUUCACUCUCCGGAAUCGAGUUGCGCUUCACCACACCAGCUUUGCAUACUAUCGCAUCCAACGCUUUUAAAAUGGGCACGGGUGCGCGUGCGUUGCGAACAGAAAUGGAGACUAUCCUCAGCGACGCAAUGUUCGAAGUCCCAGGAUCAAGUGUGAAGUUCGUGCUCGUUACUGGGGCCGUUGCAAAACGCGAAGAGAAGCCCGUCUACCUUGCCCGUGGUCAAGGCGGUAAAUUCCACGCUAUGAUAUCAGCCGAAGAAAGCGAAUGGGAGGAUAAGACAAGACGCGAGAAGAAAGAAAAGAAGAAGAAUGGAACGCAGAAUGAUUCUGGUGAGCAUCCUUCGAAUUUCCAGGAAUAUCGCAAGCGUGCAGUUGGGUAG